AUGGAUAAGAGUUGGAUGCGUAAGUCACGAUUGAGUCAAGAAUACGAAGAUGGAGUCGAACAAUUCCUCAAUUUUGCAUUUGCCAACUCAAGUGAAGAUGAUAGGAUCAUUUGCCCUUGCAUAAAGUGUGUGAAUAUCCAUUGGCAAACACGUGAAACAGUGCUUGAACAUUUCGUUUGUGAUGGCAUUGUACAAGGUUACACAUGUUGGUUUUUUCAUGGAGAGCGUGUACCGUCACCUAUCCAUGAGCCAACAAACACAUUUACAGCUCCAUCAAGCUCCAAUCCUCACUUCCAAACUUCUCAUGCAAGACCAGAUAGUUUGGAAGAAUUAUUGCGGGAUGCUUUCAACAUCCAUCAAGUUGAUAACGAGGGCCUACCAUCUACUACCGAUGAAUUCAACAUUGAGGUGAAUGAUGGAGGUGAAGCUCCUAUAGAAGUUGAUGAACAACCUUCUAAAGAAGCGGCAAAGUUUUACAAGUUGCUUGAAGAUAUGAACGACAAACUUUAUAAGGGAUCGCAGCAUUCUAGAUUGUAUUUUUGCAUUCGACUUUUCCACUUGAAAUGCAUGUGCGGGAUGACUGCUAAAGGCCUUGACCACUUGAUUGAAUUUUUAAAAGAAUUUUUUUCCUCAGCGGCUAUUCUUGAAAGUAGUCGUGAGUCGAAGAAAAUUAUUAAGGAUUUGGGUCUAGGGUAUGAAAAAAUUCAUAGUUGUCCAAAUGACUGCAUGAUAUAUUGGGAGCAUAAUGAAGGUCAGCCAUCUUGUCAUAUUUGUGGUCGUUCUGGCUGGGUGUCCACUGAUUCUGGUGAAUGUUUGAAUGAAGACAAUGAAGUGGUCCACAAGAGACCUGCGAAGGUUUUACGAUAUCCUGACUUCGCUUGUGAUCCUAGAAAUGUGAGGCUUGGUCUUUCUUCGGAUGGGUUUAACCUAUUCAAAUUAUUAAGUACUUCUUACAUCACUUGGCCAGUGGUGUUGAUCCCUUAUAACUUGCCACCGUGGAUUGGGAUGAAACAAACUUCCUUUCUUUUGGCAACGAUUAUUCCUGGAGACAAAGGGCCUAGAAACGAUAUUGACAUAUACUUACAACCUCUUAUUAAAGAGUUAAAGCAAUUAUGGGUUGGUGUAGAGACAUACGAUGCAUCUGUAAGGAGAAAUUUCAAUAUGCGGGCUGCCUUGUUAUGGAGUAUUAAUGAUUUCCCUGCUUACGCAAAUUUAUCAGGUUGGAGCACUAAAGGAAAAUAUGCUUGUCCUUGUUGUGCUGCGGAAACUUCAUCACAAUGGUUAACUAAUGGCCAGAAGUUUUGUUAUAUGGCACAUCGGCGGUGGCUAGAACAUAAUCAUCCAUACAUAUCUCAGAAACAUCUGUUUGAUGGUAAUGUAGAGAUGCGUCGAGCUCCUUCAGUUACUACUGGAUAUGAUAUUUUAUUAAUGUUGAAAGAGAUGCAAUUUUCUUAUGGAAAGCAUGGCAAAAGAAAAAUAAAAAAAUCAAACAAUAAUAACUCUUCGAAGAAAAGACCACGGCAAGUAUCCAAUAUUGACUUGGAUACUGAUGAUGACGAAAUACAGGAAGAGGAAUCAACUGAAGCAAGUUUGUGGAAGAAGAUAAGCAUAUUCUUUGAUUUACCAUAUUGGCAGCACAACCUACUUCGCCAUAACUUGGAUGUGAUGUACAUUGAGAAGAAUGUUUGUGAAAAUAUUGAUGGAACAAUUCUUAAUGUUGAUCGGAAAUCAAAAGAUAAUCUAAAAUGCAGACUUGAUUUGGUUGACAUGGGAAUUCGUCGAGAGCUUCAUCCUCAAUAUCUUCCUAAUGGCAAAACAAGACUACCACCGGCUUCUUUCUCCAUGACAAAAAAAGAAAAAGACCUAUUUUGUCAAGUCUUGAAGACUAUAAAAGUCCCAGAUGCUUACUCUUCGAAUAUAUCAAAAUGUGUAAAUCAGAAGGAACGAAAACUUCAGUCUUUAAAAUCACAUGAUUAUUACAUAUUGCUGCAUGAUUUGCUUCCAAUUGCUUUGAGGUGGAAGAUCUUGACAACCUUCAAUAUCGAGCAGCAAUAG